AUGCAGGGGCUGCGGCCUCCGCGGGCACGGCCGGGCGCCAGCCGAGCCCCGAGCCCCCGCAGAGCCUCCACGGCCUCCUUGGCUUCCCUGGGCAAAGCCCCCCUUUUCGGGGGCAGCCAGGGAGCCCCGCAGGUGAGGGGGGACAGCCAAAAUCCCAAAAUCCACCCGGGCCAUGGCCUGCAAUGGACACACGGCAGCAGCCUGUGGGCAUCACCACGGGACUCAUCACCAACCAAGCCCGGCUUGGAUGAGGCAGAACCUGAGGAAGACGCAGAUUCCAGCUUGUCUGAGCAGGAGCAGCAGGAGGAGGAGGAAGAGGAGGAGGAGGAGGCAGCCCUGACGGAGGCAGAGCUGGAGCAGGUGGUGGAGGUGCUGCUGACAGAGACAGACACGCGCUGGAUGCUGGACCUGCCCACGGCCCUCGUGUCCACCGAGGCAGAGGAGGCUGCCAGGGUGCUGGAGAGGAAUAAGAUUUACACAGAGCUUUGUGAGGCUAAAAUUGACAGUGAGUACUUUGAAGAAAAAAUCGCGCAAACCUUCUCUGGAGCUGCCAAAACCAAGGAGGUGCAAUGUGAGGCCAUCACCGUGGCAGAGAAAGGGGUGGUGGUGACUCCCUGGGAUCUGGACCAUCCCCUGGAUGCCUCAGGAGCAGAACCUGCAGAGACAGAAGGACCCAAAAGCCCAGCAGGGACAAGCAGCACAUCUCUCACAGCUGGAGAGCAGGGUCGGCCUGGGGCUGUCCCUUCUGCCACAGACAGUGCUGCUCCUGCCAGGAGCCCCGAGGAGCAGGAAUGCCACUCAGGAGCAAUCCUGACCUCAGCAAAGCUGCAGCAGGAUUUAGUUGUCAUGGAGAGGAUUCUCAUGGAGAACAUUUUCCAACCCAAGCUCGCAGUCUAUCGGCAGAUUCCCGUCCUCAUAGAACCUGUUGUCAGCUCAGACACUGAGGUGGAAGAAGAUGAAGAGGAGGAGGACGAGGAUGAUGAGGAUGAGGAUGAGGAGGAAGCAGCAGAGGUAGCUGAAGGCCCAGCAGAGGAGGCAGGCCCCAGGCUGGAGCUGCUGUGGUCCUACAGGUGUGAUUUAACCAGGGCCCACAGUGUGAGCAGCAUGUCUUGGAACAAAGCAAACCCUGAUCUCCUGGCUGUUGGUUACAGGGAAUUUGUUUCUCGGGGUAAGAAGAAAGGCCUGGCUUGCUGCUGGUCACUGAAGAACCCCAUGUGGCCAGAGCGCAUUUUCCGCUGCGAGCACGGCGUCACCGCUGUGGAUUUCUCCCGGGCCCGGCCGCACCUGCUGGCAGUGGGGACAGCCAGUGGCCGCGUGGCCAUCUACGACGUGCGCGGCCGCCAGGACACCGCGCUGCUGGACAGCAGUGCAUGCCUAAAUAAGCACAAAGGUCCCGUGUGGCAGCUGAAGUGGGUGGAGCAGGAAGGAGGUGCAACAGCAGGUGACAAAGAAGAGAGACUGAUGUGCAUCUCAGGAGAUGGGAGGAUGACCCAGUGGUUCAUUCAGCAAAGGCUGGAUUGCUCUGAUGUGAUGCAAAUCAAACGAACAGAAAGUGAGAAGAAAAAAUUACCAGGUGAGAGAGAAAGGAAAUGUGAAGGUCCCAUAUCACAGCAGGCAGCUGGAAUGUGCUUUGACUUCCAUCCAAAGGAUACUGAUAUUUUUCUUGUUGGAACAGAAGAGGGACACAUCUACUGCUGCUCUUGCUCAGGCAAGGAGCAAAUUCUGGGCACAUACAGAGGCCAUGAGGGCCCUGUGUACAAAGUUGCCUGGAAUCCCACCAGCACCGACAUGUUCCUCAGCUGCUCUGCAGACUGGAGCAUCCUCUUGUGGCACCGGGAUUCCCACACCCCCCUUCUAACCUUCACCUCUGUCACAGCUUUUGUUCACGACAUCAGCUGGGCUCCACACUCAGCCCUCAUCUUCGCAGCAGUGAACGAGGAGAGGGUGGAGAUCUGGGAUCUGAGUGUCAGCAUCUUCGACCCGGUGCUGUGCUGUGCUGCCAGCCCCGAGGGGAACCUGAGCUCGCUGCUGUUUGCCAGGAACGCCGAGUGCCUGCUCCUGGGGGACAGCCGUGGCCAGGUGGGGGUGUGGCUGCUGCCCAGCCUGGCUGUCCCCAGCUCCGAACAGGUUGGCUCCUUGUAUGACAUUGUUGCUCCUGCUGGAGCUGUUAAACAGUAGCUGAUAUCCCUUCCCCUUCAGGAAAUGCUGUAGUGUGAACAUA